UGAGAGAGGAGGAGAAGGAAGAGCAGGAGGAGGAGGAGGGAGAGUUUGCCCCACAUCUUCACAGCUAAAACUGCCUCCGUCGCCGAGACAGUCCGAGAUGGAGCCGUCUGUGGGCAACAGAGCGCAGCGUUUCCACUCAUGGAUCCACGCAGAAAAGGAGGAUUUUGGUGAAAAGCGAAUAUAAACUACAAACGGAAUCCGAAAUUAACCCCGCUUUCAUCCACCAUAUGGAGUUAAACUUCAUAUUAAACUAUUUUAAAGGUUCUCCUGCAGCAACAGCCUGAGUCUGAUUGGGAACUAAUGUGUGUCAUGGGGAUAUGGUGAGGCGAUGUGCACAAGCUUGUGUGAGAAGAGAUGUGGCGCUGUCAGUGGAGGAAGAGGAAGAGGGACAGGUGAAAAGCUGGAUCUCAACUCAUGGCUGUGCAUGUCACUCUUGUUCUCGACCCUGUGGGGUCAAGCAACUCCGCAGUGCCCGGACAGCUGCCACUGUGCCUGGGAAACGGCCACCGUUUUGUGCUCGGACGCAGGGCUUCGGAAAAUCCCAGAGGGGAUCCCACCGGAGACGGUUUCCUUACACCUCGAGCGCAACUACAUCCGGAACAUCCCAGAGAGUGCCUUCAGCCACCUGGUCCACCUGCGGGACCUCUAUCUGUCCCACAACCGCAUCGACUCUCUCUCCUCCGGGGCCCUGCGGCAUCUAGGACCCGACCUGCGCCUGCUGGACCUCUCGCAUAACCAGCUGAGGCAGGCCAGCAGGGAGGAGUUUGGGUCCACUCGCGCCAAGACGCGGCUCUACCACAAUCCCUGGCACUGUGAUUGCACCCUGCAGGAGCUGAUGGAGACUCUGAACCUGGAGCCCGAGACCGUGAAUGGAAUCAUCUGCGAGAGUUCCGUGCGGGGCGUGGGUGAGGGGAGCCGGUGGGAGGACCCAGGAUCACCAGGUGAGCACGCAGGUCAACCGCUGGUCAAGCUGUUGGACUCUGGGGUGAACUUUUGCAGCCUGCAGAGGAAGACCACGGAUGUAGCCAUGCUAGUGACCAUGUUUGUGUGGUUCUUCAUGGUCAUUGUGUACGUUGUGUACUACGUCCGUCAGAACCAGGCUGAGGCCCGGAGGCAUUUGGAGUACCUGAAGAGUCUACCCAGUCCACGAAAGACCCCUACAGAGACAGACACUCUGAGCACGGGUUUCUAAGCUGAAUGCUGUUAAAACUUAACACUAAGAUGCCAUAUUUAUGGAACGUGACUCUGAAAUGCUGAGAGAAGUUACUGAAGUUACCAACUAUGGAGGAAAUGAAGCUUUUACAGCUGUUUGAUUAUUCCUUUAUAUUCUUAUUCUUAACAUUUAUUUUCUUAUGGCGUUUUUGUUUUUCAGUUUUAGUACAAAAUUUUACAUAUUUUUCAACUUGUACUAUCUGCACCAGUAGAGGAGAGGAAAAGUUAUAAAGCGCAGCAGGUAAAGAUAAGACAGGACUAUGUAUAGAGAAAGACUUUUUGAACUUAAUAACAUUCUGUCUCCCUUUGUAGCACCUCUUUUCUUCUUCCUCCAUGCCUUGUACUCUGCUCUUUUAUCUUUCAUUAGGUUCUAAUUAGGAGACGUUGACCAGCUGACCCCUAAUGAACACUUGAAAGGCACUAAUCAGUUGGAGUGUGUUUGUCAGGUGUGCAAAUUCAGUUGUGUGUCCUUUACAUGGUGUUUGCGUCAUCUGUAUGUGUGUGUGCACGCCUACACGUGUGUGUGUAUAUGUGGUGUUUUUAGGCACUGCCACUGCUAUUCUUACUUUGAAAGCCCUGAUUUUGCAUAAAUCCUUACCGGGACUUCAGUUUUAGACAAACACCACACUACUCAUCUAAAUUUACCCUGGAGAAGCUGGAGGGGAUGUGCUUUGACCUUGUGCUGCAGCAAACAGUUUUUGAAAUAUCUCAACAGAUGUAAUAAUCGGUACAAAGACAUUUUGAGCUGAGUUAGUGAAAGGAGUUGCUAUCUAGAGGUUUUGCUUUAGUUCCUAUUUGUCUUUGACCUACGGGAGUCUAAUUGUGCCACAUUUCAACAAAGAUCUCAAACAUGAAAUGAAGACUAAAAGGCAAAACAAAUACAUAAAUAUUUGAAGUAAGUACAACUGUCUUGAUAUACGUGACUAGAUGGAUUUUAGGUAUGACAUGGACAUUUUUUUGUUUUUUAAAUUAUCUUAUGGCUGUGGGACAUCUCUACCAGUCAAAGCCAGCAGUCUCAAAGUUUACAUGCUACAUAAGAAGCCACAGUGACAGUAUGAAGUAUUUUAUGGUGUACUAACGCGAAGAAAGCUUAAUUUGAUUUAAUAAUUGCUGUAAUAGUCAGAUCACAUUUCAACAUUUGACUUCACAUUCAAAUUGUGCUUUUCAUUUACUUACAUAAUUUUGAAUUUAAUAAAUUAUUGAAAUAUUUGAAUAAAUAUUGGUAAAUUGGAUUUAUCCGUUUCCAGGUUUAUUCUAAUAUGAAUAUGUAUCAAUAUAAUUUCAUGCUUCAUUUUCUUUCUUCAUUUUGGAACUUUUUGUUCUCCAUAGUUUACCACAUAGACUCUAUCAGAACUGACUCCAUUUUCAAAGACAGAAAAUAAUCUCCUCAUUUAUUAUUAAGAGUCAUUCAUUUUAUUGCAACAUAUUAGGCGAUCUGUGUAAAUUAAUGAAUUUCUUCUCCAGCUUUCUCUCCACACUGGAUUAACAGCCACAUUUGAUUGAUUUUUAUGAGGGUGUUACAAACAUACUUAUUGUACAAAUAACUCCUGUGUCCUCAAUGGGAUAUGUUAGUGUUGUAUUAAAAUAUUAAUGCUAUUCUUUUCCGCUACAAUAAGAGAUGUAAAAUAAAACUCCUUUUUAUUGGCAAUCAUAAAUGUAGAGAAAUGGUUCAAAAUAUGGUUUGACAUAAUAAAUAAAAUAAUCAAAAUUAUGUGUCAUGUUUAGCGGUGGUGGAGGUGAGGCAGAAACGCAGCUGAACCAGAUUGCAUGUAAAAUAUGAUGAAUUUAAUGGAGUAAACCAGAUCACAGGGAACGGGACGAGACAUAGACGUGACGAAUGACGUGGAUCCAACAAGACACAGAGACACAGGUGACACUAAAUACACAGAGG